GUCUGUUUAGCUUUCAGACAAUCUGCCUGCCUGCUUGUCUGUCUGUUUAGCUUUCAGACAAUCUUCCUGCCUGCUUGUCUGUCUGUUUAGCUUUCAGACAAUCUUCCUGCCUGCUUGUCUGUCUGUUUAGCUUUCAGACUGUCUGUCUGCCUGCCUGCAUGCCUGCCUGUCUGUGUGUUUAGCUUUCAGCCUGCCUGCCUGUUUGUCUGUCUGUCUGUCUGUUUAGCUUUCAGACUAAUUGUCUGCCUGUCUGUCUGUCUGUCUGCCUGUCUGUUUAGCUUUCAGACAAUCUGUCUGUCUGCCUUUCUGUCUGCUUGUCUGUCUGCCUGUCUGUUGAGUUUUCAGACUAUCUAUCUAUCUGUCUGUCUGUCUGUCUGUCUGUCUAUCUGACCUCCUUCAACAUUACCACUUAUUUCUCAAGUCUCCCCUCUGCACCUCUCUCUCUCUCUCUCUCUCUCUCUCUCUCUCUCUCUCUCCACACAUAUCUUCUUGUCUCCCAGUCUUCAUAGUAGUCUACCUUUCUAUCUCCUUUCACCUGACAUCGGUCUCUCUCCUCACCCCUCUGGCUCUGUCACCAUGGAGCUGUCUGGUCGCCAGGAGGGGGUGUACGUGCAGUGUGUGGAGGGGGGCCCCAGGGAGGGGGCCAGGGAGGGGGGCCCCAUGGUCACCUUCAGCCGGCUACACUACAGCGUGAGGGAGAACAGGAGCCCCUGCAGGAAGGAAGGCCCUGAGAAACUCAUCCUUAAAGAUGUCAGUGGCAUCAUGAGACCAGGGAUGAACGCCAUCAUGGGUCCCACAGGAAGUGGAAAAACAUCGCUGCUGGAUGUGAUCGCGGGCAGGAAGGAUCCAGCAGGGCUGCGUUCAGGGUGUGUGAUGGUGGACGGGAAGGUCGUGACCUCUGACCUCAGGCUCAUGUCAGCCUACGUGGUGCAGGAUGACAUCCUCAUGGGGACUCUCUCUGUGAGGGAGAACUUGCUGUUCAGUGCCAACCUGCGUCUGGACCCAAACACUCACUCCAGCUCCCAGAAGCACAGUAGAGUGGACGCCAUCAUCCAGGACCUGGGACUGAAGGACUGCUCUCACACCAAGAUAGGGACAGAGUUCCUGCGGGGGGUAUCUGGGGGGGAGAGGAAGAGGUGUAGUAUUGGUAUGGAGCUGAUCACGUCCCCCUCUCUACUGUUCCUGGACGAACCCACCACCGGCCUGGACUCCAACACUGCUGGAGCUAUCAUCGUCCUGCUGCACAGGCUGUCUCGUCAAGGGAAGACCAUCAUCUUCUCGAUCCACCAGCCCAGAUUUUCCAUCUUCAGACAGUUCGACUUCCUGACUCUGAUGCACCGAGGAGAGCUGGUCUACACUGGCCACGCUCAAAAGGCCCUGGGAUACUUUACUGACCUGGGGUUCCACUGUGAGCCCUUCAACAACCCUGCUGACUUCUUCCUGGACAUAACUAAUGGAGAGGCCAGGUCAACCUUGGAGAAAACACACACAGAAGACAAUAAUCCGUUAGCGCUCCGCUACAAGCAGUCCUCUCUGUAUCAGGAAGUGUGUGACCAGCUGGACCAUGUGACCAGCGGCCACAACCUGCAGGUCAAAGGUCAAGGGCAGAAGGCUGCCUAUGUCACUUCCUUCUGGUACCAGAUGCGUGUUGUGUGUGGUAGGACGGUGCUGAACUCUCUCAGGAACCCCCAGACCUCCUAUGCUCAGAUGGCUCUCAACAUCUUCUUUGCUCUGCUGGUGGGACUCAUCUACUACCAGAUCCCCCUCACCCUGCCUGAGGCCCUGCAGAACAGGAUUGGAGCGUUCUUCUUCCUCAUUAUCAACAUGGUGUUUGGAAACCUGUCUGCUGUGGAGCUGUUCAUCAACGAGAGAGCACUCUUCAUACAUGAGAACUCCAGUGGGUAUUAUCGUACAUCUGUGUACUUCCUGUCUAAGAUCAUCGCUGACCUCAUCCCUAACAGAAUCAUCCCCAUCUUCGUUUUCUCUGCCAUUGCCUACUACAUGAUGGGUCUGAAGCCAGCCUUCACGUCCUUCCUGUUGUUUGCCUUGACCAUGUCCCUGGUCAGCCUAUCAGGAGUGAGCCUGGCCUUCCUAGUCUCCGCCUCCACCUCCACCUUCGCCAUGGCCAACAUCCUCAUCGCCCUGCCCUUUGUCUUCAUGAUGGUAUUUGGAGGGUUCCUGGUCAACCUGAACGCCAUGCUCAGCUGGUUGUCAUGGCUACAGUGGAUCAGCAUCUUCAGAUACGGACUGGAUGCGGUUACCAUAAAUGAAAUGACAGGACUGGUAUUCUACAGUAAUAACACAAUCCUCCUGGGGGAGAUGUACCUGCAGCUGCAGGGGAUCGACUACAGCCCCUGGGGGUUCUGGAGGAACCAGGUGGCCCUGCUGGGCAUCAUGUCUGUCUGCAUGGGCCUGGCCUACGUGCAGCUCCGCAGGGUCAACCGCUGGAAGUGAUGCUCCAGGACAGGGGGGGACUGUGUGUGUGUGUGGUGUCUGGUGUGUAUGUGUGUGUGUAUGGUGUGUGUGUGACUGGAUUAAUUCCAUAGAAACAACAUAUCAAUAUACCAAAUCAAUAGAUUAAUUUAUAUUUACUUCAUCAACAACUCAUCCAUCAAAAUAUGAAACAUCAAAAUGUGUGUUUAUCAAAUGGUUGUAUCUGGUUAUUAUAAUAUUGCUGUUAUAAUGAAGCCAAUACGUUCAUCGAUCAACAGAUUAAUGUUUCCAGUAGAAAGAUCUUCUGUAAUCACAUCAUGCUAAAUAGUGACAUGUAGGUCAUUGUAUCAAAUUUCCUGAUGUGUAUCCUUUUUUGUUGUUGUUGUUUAUUUAAAACAAUUAAAAAUCGAAGUUUAA